CAUCCUAUUGCUUUUGAGUCGAAGAAGUUGUCUCCUGCUGAAAGGAAUUACCCUGCUCAGGAAAGGGAAUUACUUGGUAUAUUGCAUGCAUUACGUUCUUGGCGUUGGUUUGUGGAAGGUCGGCAUUAUGUGGUGCGCACGGAUCAUCAUCCUCUUCAAUAUUUCCGCAGUCGUACAAAACCACCACCACCUCGUCUUAUUCGAUGGAUUGCUGAGUUGGAGUUAUACGAUCCAGAGAUUCAAUACAAGAGUGGUGUCAGCAAUGUUGUGCCGGAUUUGUUAUCAAGGAGGGAUGGCCCCAAUUGUCACUCAAAUGAAGCAUCUUUGGAGCCCGAGUACUUGUAUGCACUCAAGUCUAUUGAGGAAUCAGAUUGGCCAAAGUUCUACGUCAUGGAGGAGAGUAAAUGGCCACAAGCAUACAAGGAUCUUUUGUUGAAGCAUCGUGAAAAGUUUGUGGUACGUGGUGACAAGGUUUUUCGAAUAAUGCGAAAGGGUGGUUCCACGCAUGAAGUUCGAUUUGCCUUGUUCGCAAGGAGGGCUGAUAUCAGGAGUUCCUUAUGUCAUGGUAACCUAAGCUCUGAAAUAAAUUACCUCCCUAUUUUUCCCUCAGCUGCUUCUUACACAACACAAACAGCUCUCUUUAUCUUUUGCUUUGCUUUUACACCCUUGGCUUUAUCGCUUCACCGAUUCAACGAUUCAUUGCCGACGUCCAUGUAA